UUUGUCAGAUUUGAAACCAAGACGGCUCGGUGGUUAAAAGUCAACGCCUUUGUCUCUCUUCCCUUUUCCGCGUCGUCUUCUUCUUCAUCCUCCCUCUCUGUGGACACUAUGAAAUAUCCAAAUCAUUAGCUAUUUGGGUUACUGAAAAAAAGAUUCAAUUUUGUUCUUCAAGCUCCAAAGCAGGAAUCCCGAUGGGUAACGGGAUUGGGAAGCUCGGCGUUUGCUUCGCCGGAAUCGACGAUGGUAAGCGGCGGCCGGAUAUUUCCGUUCUGAUAUCGAAUCCACUAGAUGAAGGAUUAGGGCACUCGUUCUGCUAUGUCCGGCCGGAUCCCUCGAGGCUUUCGUCGUCAAAAGUUCAUUCCGAAGAAACCACCACUUUUCGAUCAAUUUCCGGCGCCGCUGUGAGUGCCAAUACAUCGACGCCUCUUUCUACUUCUCUUCUUGAUCUGUAUUCAUACAGUAGCAUUGAUCGAGCGCCGGCUUUUGAAAGCUCGAAUUCUUUCGCUUCAAUCCCUUUGCAGCCAAUCCCUAGAAAUAUGAUCAAUUCGGGUCCAAUUUCGGGUCCGAUUUCGGGGCAUUUGGAAAGAGGGUUUUUAUCGGGUCCAAUUGAGCGAGGGUUCAUGUCGGGUCCAUUGGAUAAAGGGAUUUUUUCGGGUCCGCUCGAUAAUUCUUCAUCCACUGAAUUUCAGAGGAGUUUUUCUCAUGGAGGCGGGUUUAAUUCCAGAUCUAGAUCCAGAAAAAGCCGGUUGAUUCGGAUUCUUAAAAGUGCAAUUCCUAAAUCGAUUUAUCGAGGGAAGAAUUCCAUUGUGGCUCCGAUUAAAGCGGUGAAAGAACCCGAUUGGAUCGUCAUGCCCGAGAAACAUAAUGAGAAUUUGACGGUGAGUAGUUUGAAUUUCAGUAGCGAGGGGAGUUUGGAAGAUGAUGAAUCAAUGCAGAGCCAAAAUCUGCAGUGGGCGCAAGGAAAAGCAGGGGAAGAUCGAGUUCAUGUCGUAGUUUCUGAAGAACAUGGAUGGGUUUUCGUUGGGAUUUAUGAUGGAUUUAACGGUCCUGAUGCUCCUGAUUACCUCUUAUCGAAUUUAUACUCCUCUGUUCAUAAAGAGCUCAAAGGUUUGUUAUGGGGCGAAAACCUCGAUUUGGCUGGCGUCCCCGCUCCGGUCACUUCGCCGGUUAAUCGGACGGGUGAUGCUUGUUCUCGGUGUGUAGAACUAGAGAAUCAUCCUUCAAGAAGAAGAAAAGGUAAGAAUUCAAGAGGCAAAUUUAGAGGAGCGGCUGAGAAGUGGGAGGAUAAUCAGCGGCGGUGGAAAUGUGAAUGGGAUCAGGAAAGAUUAGAACUCGAUCGGAGAUUAAAGGAGCAGUUGAAUCGAUCUGAAUCGAACGGAUCGAGAUCGAUUAAUCAUUCGGAUGUUCUUAAAGCUCUGUCCCAGGCAUUGAAGAACACAGAAGAGGCCUAUUUGGAUAUUGCAGACAAGGUGCUCGAUGAAAAUCCUGAACUAGCUUUGAUGGGCUCUUGUGUGCUCGUGAUGCUUAUGAAGGGUGAUGAUGUUUAUGUUAUGAAUGUCGGCGAUAGCCGAGCUGUUUUAGCGCAGAAGGCCGAUCCUGAUUACUGGCUCAGGAUGAUUCGACAGGAUUUGGAGAGGAUUAAUGAAGAACCAGUUCAUGACAUUGAUGCAGCAUUCAAGCCUGCUAACCUUGCUGCUUUUCAGCUUUCCAUGGAUCAUAGUACUAAUGUUCAUGAGGAAGUUCGACGAAUAAAAAACGAACACCCUGAUGAUGCCGGUGCCGUGAUGAACGACCGUGUGAAAGGCUCGUUGAAGGUUACUCGGGCAUUCGGUGCUGGUUUCCUCAAACAGCCAAAAUGGAACAAUGCAUUGUUGGAGAUGUUCAGAAUAGACUACGUAGGGAGAUUGCCAUACAUCAGUUGUCAGCCAUGUCUCUACCACCACAGAUUGGGACCAAAAGACAGAUUUUUGAUACUAUCAUCUGAUGGACUCUACCAGUACUUCACAAACGAAGAAGCAGUUUCCGAAGUCGAGCUUUUCAUCACGUUACAACCCGAAGGCGACCCGGCUCAACAUCUGAUUGAAUUACUGCUGUUUCGAGCUGCAAAGCGAGCUGGUAUGGAUUUCCACGAGCUGCUCGAAAUACCGCAGGGCGACCGGAGGAAGUACCACGACGAUGUGUCGAUCAUCGUGAUUUCAUUAGAAGGGAGGAUCUGGAGAUCCUGUGUAUAAAAGGUCAGGUUUCUUUUAAUCUUUAUACAGUGAUUAAGGUUCUUGGAAUUGCCUCAAGAUUGAUUCUGCAGUUUACUUGGAGGGGCCAAGGGGGGAUGUAAAGUGUAAAAAAAACAAAAAAAUGUGUCAAAAAAGGAAAUUUUGUAAUUUCUUAAUAAUUGAUAUUCUUUUCUUCU